UCUUAAGUCCCAUUCGGUGACCCAAAGUCCCAACUGCUAUAAGAAUUCGGUAUGUGCACAUGCACUUAACGUCCAUAACGGCUGUCAAUGGCGGCAACAGCUGAGAAGAAGGUGCAGGUGUUUGAUACGGAGGAGGAGGUGGCUGUGUCUUUGGCCAAGUACAUAGCCCAUCUGUCUGAUAAAUUCUGCAGAGGGAGAGGAGCUUUUACCAUCGUUUUGUCUGGUGGGUCUCUCAUCGAGUCCCUCAGGAAACUAGUAGAACCCCCGUACGUUGGUUCGGUUGAAUGGUCGAAAUGGCAUGUCUUUUGGUUAGAUGAAAGGGUAGUGCCAAAGAAUCACAAAGACAGUAACUAUAAACUUGCUUAUGAUGGCCUUCUUUCCAAGGUACCAAUUCUCCCUGCUAAUGUUUAUGCCAUCAAUGAUGCACUGUCAGCUGAGGGUGCAGCCGAUGACUAUGAAACCCGUCUCAAACAUUUGGUCAACAGCAACGUGCUCGCUUUAUCAGCAGCCAGUGGGUUUCCAAAGUUUGAUCUCAUGCUUCUGGGAAUGGGUCCGGACGGACAUGUGGCUUCUCUAUUCCCAGGGCAUCCUCUCCUCAAAGAGAACAAGAGAUGGGUCACCUUCAUUAAGGACUCGCCAAAACCGCCUCCGGAGAGAAUUACUUUUACCUUUCCGGUGAUCAACUCGUCUGCAUAUAUUGCGCUUGUGGUGAACGGGGCCCCUCAAGCCGGAGCAGUGCAAAGAGCAUUAGGAAAAGGACAGAAUUCUGAGAAGCUGCCAGUUCAAAUGGUUUCGCCUGAAGGGGAGUUGACUUGGUUUUUGGACAGGGAUGCAGCUUCAAGAAGGGCUAAGAUGUUUCGGUGGGUUCCAAAGUGCUGCUUGUUUGGUUGAUGGGUUGUGCGAGUCCAUAUCAGGGAUUAUGAACAGAUCUUGCUAAAUAGUAAUAUAGGUAGCAUUUGGGAAUGACUUAAGGAAAUGAACAUUCAAGUGUAUGUUCUUCUUUGCUUGCUCAGUACAAAAAAGUAUAUUUGGAGAAUGA